UCCCUCUACUUGGAAACCGGCCUUCCGACCUGAGCUGAACCUCAGAAAUACCUCGCUCUGUGUACUCCUCCGACAACGGAAGUAUCUGUGGAAUUCCUUCAAGGUCAAAACACUGCCUCACUUCUACGUCCCAACGCUCGACGACACCAGAAGCAUGACGGCGGCAGACGGCAAUGGUCAGCGGCCGAAGGUCCUCAUUCCGGAGAAAGUCUCGCCGGACGGCCUCCGUCUCCUCCAAGCCUCCCUUGAGGUGCACGAGAGGAAAGGCCUUACCCCCGAGGAUCUACUGAAGCUCAUUCCGGACUAUGACGCUCUCAUCGUCCGUUCGGAGACGAAAGUCACGGCAGAACUACUCGCUGCCGGCAAAAAGCUACGAGUCGUUGCAAGGGCGGGUGUGGGCGUUGAUAAUGUUGAUCUCAACGCUGCAACCAAGCUAGGCAUCAUCGUCGUAAACAGUCCGCAGGGCAAUAUCAAUGCCGCAGCCGAACACACCAUAGCUCUUCUGAUGGCUGUCGCGCGUAACAUUGGAGAUGCUUCGGUGAGCAUCAAGUCUGGAAAGUGGGAGAGAAGCCGAAUGGUUGGUGUGGAAGUCAAAGGCCGGACACUGGCCAUUGUCGGUCUCGGCAAAGUCGGCCUGACCGUUGCGAGAGCUGCUGGUGGGCUAGGCAUGAACCUGGUGGCCUACGAUCCCUAUGCCAAUGCAUCAUUGGCCGCGGCCGCCAACGUCGAGCUAGUAUCGUCCUUGAAGGAGCUGCUCGAAGAGGCGGACUUCUUGACGCUUCACACGCCUAUGAUCGCCUCCACCAAAGGCCUCAUCGGCUCCACCGAGUUAGCAAUGAUGAAGCCGUCAGCGCGGGUUUUGAACGUCGCAAGAGGAGGUAUCAUUGACGAGACAGCUUUGCUUGCCGCCCUGGAGAAAGGAGAGAUUGCAGGAGCCGGUGUGGACGUCUUCACGACCGAGCCUCCACAAUCUGGCGAUGCCGCCGCGAACCUCAUUGCUCAUCCCAAAGUCGUCGCUACUCCACAUUUGGGCGCAUCUACAGCCGAAGCGCAAGAGAACGUUUCCAUUGACGUAUGCGAGCAAGUCCUCUCGAUUCUCUCCGGUCAGCUACCUCGAAGCGCAGUCAAUGCUCCCAUCAUCAUGGCCGAAGAGUACCGCACGUUGCAACCAUUCGUUGCAUUGUUGGAGCGGAUGGGCAGCCUGUACACACAACACUUUCAGUCCGACACCUCACAACGGCGUCGCACUACCUUUGAUCUCACUUACGAGGGCUCUUUGGCCUCGACCAACACGACAAAGCCACUCUUUGCGGCACUGAUAAAGGGCUUGUUGUCGCCAAUCACAAACGCCGAAAACACCAACAUCAACAUUGUGAACGCAGAGCUAGUGGCGAAAGAGCGCGGCAUCCUGAUCAAUGAGUCCAGAUCUCGGGAGAACGUGGAGCAGGAGGGCUUUUCGGCUUCAGUAACCCUCAGAGCACGUCUCGAUCCUCGAUCUCCCUCUGCGAGCCGAGUUCCCCGACAAGACCCGCUUGCUGGCGCUACAGCCACGAAAGGGAAGAAGCUAGAAGAUCAUGUCAUAUCUGGGUUUGUGUCAAACAACACGCCGUACAUCUCGCGACUUGGACGGUUCAGCACUUCUUUCGUACCAGAGGGCAAUCUCCUGAUCUGUCGGAAUUACGACGAGCCUGGGAAGAUUGGCACAGUCGGCGGCAUCCUGGGCAAAUCAGGUGUGAAUAUUCGCUUCAUGUCGGUUGCUCCUAUAGACGAAGGUCUGCGAUCUUCAGCCGAGGGCGACGACGCGAAUGGAAACGCGAAUCAAGAAAAUGAGGCUCUUAUGAUUCUCGGCGUGGAGGGGUCUAUCGAUGAAGAGGUCAGGAAGAGCCUGCUCGAUGCAAAUGGUGUGCUCGAGGCUGGGCUGGUCGUUCUGUAA